AUGCACCGAGACCGAGGCGUCUCGGCGGCGGCGGUCCCCGGUGACCGGAAGCGGAUCGGCGAGCCGAUGGACAGAUCGUCUCCGUCUACGUCAUGGGGGUUUUCCGGAGGCCGCGAGAAGGAGCGGAUCGGCGCGGGGAAGCAGCCGGAGAUGCCUCGCUCAGGCGGCGGAUCCACCGCCAUGUCCAAGAGCAAGCUCUCUGACGCAGAAUCAGAAACCGACAGCGAAGAAUCAGAUGUGAGUGGUUCUGAUGGGGAAGAUACUUCGUGGAUUUCAUGGUUCUGUAGUUUAAGGGGUAAUGAGUUUUUCUGUGAGGUUGAUGAUGAGUACAUACAAGAUGAUUUCAACCUCUGUGGGCUAAGCAACCAAGUUCCAUAUUACGACUAUGCGCUUGAUCUGAUAUUAGAUGUUGAAUCUUCCCAUGGUGAUAUGUUCACAGAAGAGCAAAAUGAACUCAUUGAAUCAGCUGCUGAGAUGCUCUAUGGAUUGAUUCAUGUUCGGUAUAUUAUUACAAGUAAAGGGUUGUCUGCAAUGCUGGAUAAGUACAAGAGCGUUGAUUUCAGUAGAUGCCCUCGAGUGAAUUGCAGCGGCCAACCAUGUCUUCCUGUUGGGCAGUCGGAUGUUCCUCGUUCGAGUAUGGUGAAGAUUUACUGCCCUAGAUGUGAAGAUAUCUACACUCCAAGAUCCAAAUAUCUAAGCAACAUCGACGGGACUUACUUUGGGACAACAUUCCCCCACUUGUUCCUGAUGACAUACCCGCAUUUGAAGCCGCAGAAGCCGUUGCAGCAAUACGAUCCCAGGGUAUUUGGGUUCAAAAUUCAUAAGCCGUGA